AUGGACGAGCUCCAGAAUAAGUUCGACGAGAGGGACGGGUCCUCGGAGCCCCAUGACAUACUGUCCACCCCGUUCGUGAGUUCUAUCAUAGAGGAACCCUUGCCCAAGGAUUUCCGUUUCCCCACCAUCAAGGCAUACUCGGGGACCACGGACCUGCGGUCGCACCUCACCAGGUACAGGGCCGCCAUGAUGAUUACCGAGGCCACCGACGCCAUCCUAUGCAGGGGAUUCUUUGCCACUCUGGACGGGCAGGCACAAGACUGGUUCGGGUCCCUCCCAGGGGGAUCCAUCUCCACCUUCACGGACCUAACCAAACAGUUCCUGUCCCACUUCGCCACUAGCAUCUCAAGGAAGAAGCAGAUCGCCGACCUAUGCGACCUGAAACAGAAGAGCUCGGAAUCGCUCGCCGAGUAUCUCAUUAAGUGGAAGAAAGAGGCCAUGGGAGUCGCCAACUUCGAUGGUAAGUCGGCUAUACCAAUUUUCAGGAACAAUGUGAGGUCGGGUACUUUCCACCAGGAUCUCAUCCGGUACCCCCCGAAGAACUAUGCCGACCUGAUGGACAGGGCGGCCAGAUAUGCCGACACCGAAGCCGUCGAGAAGAGGAAGAGGGAGCAGAAAGAAGGGAGAGGUCGGAAGGACAAAACCCCCCAGGAGGAGCGCGGCAGGGCAUCUCGACAGCAUCGUCGUGAAUAUGCCGAGGGGCCCAGGCUGAACUCUACACGGUUCCUCACCCCACUGACGCACCCCGUGAGUGUCAUCCUAGCCCACGCGGAGGACCAGGGGAUCGUCGAGUUUCCCAAGGAGAAGUGCAUGAAGAUCUCGACAAAGGGCGACCCCAAGAAGUACUGCUGGUUCCAUCGCCAAAACGGUCACGACACGGAUGAGUGCAUCCUCCUAAAGAAGAAAAUUGAGGAGCUCAUCCAGAUGGGUUACCUGGGCCACUUCAUCAAGCGGCCCAGCUAA